AUGUGCGGAUCCUCAAGAAUGCUUCGUGCAUAUAAACAAUUACCAAGAUCAUGGCAAUGCAGACUGUCAAGUAGCUCUUCAGCUACGCCUCCGUCAACCUCAGGAGUUUCUUACACCAAACUAAGCAUAGGAGUGCCAAAAGAGAUUUGGCAAGAUGAAAGAAGGGUUGCAGUAGUACCAGCUGUAGUCAGUAAAUUAGUAAAAAAAGGCUUUAAUGUCAAUAUUGAAGAAGAUGCAGGUGCUGUAGCUAAUUUUCCCAAUAAGACUUUUGAAGAGGCUGGAGCGAAAAUUACAAACUUAAAAACUACAUUCCAAUCUGAUAUAGUUUUGAAAGUUCGUCCACUCCUAGAUAAUGAAAUACAAAAUGUAAGGAAUGAAGGAACAUUGAUAUCUUUCCUCUAUCCUGCUCAAAAUCAAGAUUUAAUAAAAAAGCUUUCUGAAAGAAAGAUGAAUGCAUUUGCUAUGGACUGCAUUCCCCGUAUAAGUCGCGCACAGGCAUUUGAUGCUCUUAGUUCAAUGGCAAAUGUUGCUGGUUAUCGUGCCGUUAUUGAAGCUGCCGCUCAUUUCCCACGUUUCUUUUCCGGACAAAUGACGGCGGCUGGUCGUGUGCCUCCAUGUCGUGUGCUGGUAGUGGGCGGGGGCGUGGCCGGACUGGCGGCCGCAGCGCAGGCCCGGUGCAUGGGGGCCGCCGUGCGGGCCUUCGACACGCGUCCCGCCGUUCGUGAGCAAAUCGAAAGUCUCGGAGCCCAAUUCAUUACCAUGGAAAUGAAGGAAGAGGGAGCCGGCGAAGGUGGGUACGCAAAAGAGAUGAGUGAAGACUUCCUAAAUGCUGAACGAGCUUUGCUGGGAAAAGAAACGAGAUCUUCUGACGUUGUGAUAAGUACAGCGCUUAUACCUGGGAAACCUGCACCUUUACUAAUUUUAGAGGAUGCGGUUCGAGACAUGGCACCUGGUAGCGUCAUAGUAGACUUGGCAGCUGAAAUGGGGGGCAACAUUCAGACCACGAAGAAAGGGGAGAUCACUAAAGUUCACGGCGUCACUCAUAUCGGCCUCACCGACCUGCCGAGCCGCAUGCCCGCCCACGCUUCUACGUUGUAUGCUAAUAAUAUAUCAGGAUUUCUGUUGAGCUUGGGUACCAAUGAUCAUUUUGAUAUCAACCUGGAGGACGAAGUGACGCGCGGCGCGAUUGUCCUGAAAGCCGGUGAGCUGCUGUGGCCGCCCCCGCCGCCGCCCAGCAUGGCGCCCGCACACGCCGCGCCCAAACCGACAGCCGUACAACCUGAACCACCGAACCCAUUUAAAGACACUCUGAAGGAUGCCUUUUUGUACUCAACAGGUAUGGCGUCGUUGAUCGGUUUGGGUAUAGCUGCGCCGAAUCCGGCGUUCACAACAAUGACCACUACGCUAGCGUUGUCAGGUGUGGUCGGGUACCACACUGUGUGGGGCGUCGUGCCAGCGCUUCACUCGCCGCUCAUGUCCGUUACAAACGCCGUGUCGGGUAUCACGGCCGUCGGUGGACUACUCCUAAUGGGCGGAGGAUAUGUUCCGGAGACGCCCGUUCAGUGGUUGGCGGGUACUGCAGCUUUAAUAUCUUUCGUGAAUGUAUUUGGAGGAUUCUUGGUUACGCAACGGAUGCUUGAUAUGUUCAAAAGACCUGGUGAUCCACCGGAAUAUGGUUAUCUCUAUGCAAUUCCUGCCGCUGCGCUGCUCGGCGGCUACAUCACUACCGCCAUGCAGGGAUAUCCAGAGGUACACCAAAUGGCUUAUCUUGCUUCAUCUUUGUGUUGUGUUGGAGCUCUUGCGGGACUCAGCUCUCAGACAACGGCACGAAAAGGAAACUAUUUGGGAAUAAUCGGUGUCACUGGUGGUAUCGCAGCCACUCUUGGAGCUUUGACUCCAAGUGCUGAAGUGCUGGCGCAAAUGAUAGGCGUAGCUGGCAUUGGAGGUUUAAUUGGAAGCACUAUUGCUAAGAAAAUAGAGAUUACAGACCUACCCCAACUCGUGGCUGGUUUCCACAGUUUGGUAGGUAUGGCAGCAGUCCUAACCUGCAUCGCUACAUACAUGCACGACUUCCCCGCAAUGGCCUUGGAUCCUACGGCAGCCACACUCAAGACUUCGUUGUUCCUUGGGACAUACAUCGGUGGCAUAACAUUCACGGGCUCGCUAGUAGCGUACGGCAAGCUGCAAGGCUCGUUGUCGUCGGCGCCGCUGCUGCUGCCGGGUCGCCACGCCAUCAACGCGGCUCUGCUGACGGGCGCGCUGGGCUGCGGCGGAGCACUGCUCGCCUUCCCCGAGGCGCCCGGCCUGCCGCUGCUGUCCGCUGCUGCACUGCUUAGCGGGAUACAGGGGCUCACGCUUACUGCCGCCAUUGGAGGUGCGGACAUGCCCGUAGUAAUCACGGUAUUGAAUAGCUACUCAGGGUGGGCGCUGUGCGCUGAAGGUUUUAUGUUAAACAACUCGCUCAUGACUAUAGUCGGCGCGCUCAUCGGUAGUUCUGGUGCUAUCUUGUCGUACAUAAUGUGCAAAGCAAUGAACAGAUCUCUCCCCAACGUCAUCUUGGGUGGUUAUGGAGUGACGACAGGUGGAUCAGCUCGACCCACCGACGCGACACACACAGAACUCAAUGUAGACUCAGUAGCUGAGCUUAUCCACCGCGCGUCAAAUAUCAUUAUAACACCAGGCUAUGGACUUUGCGUUGCGAAAGCGCAAUACCCUAUCGCUGAGUUAGUGGAUCUUCUAAAGGAAAGCGGAAAGAAAGUGCGUUUUGCUAUUCACCCUGUUGCAGGUCGUAUGCCCGGACAACUCAACGUAUUAUUGGCCGAAGCUGGAGUUCCAUACGAUGACGUAUUUGAAAUGGAUGAAAUUAAUGAUGAAUUCCCCGAGACCGAUUUAGUACUUGUUAUUGGUGCUAAUGACACUGUAAAUAGCGCGGCCGAAGAUGAUCCGAAUUCACCUAUUGCGGGAAUGCCGGUACUCAAAGUAUGGAAAGCGAAUCAGGUUGUAGUAAUGAAAAGAUCAAUGGGAGUUGGAUAUGCGGCCGUGGACAACCCGAUAUUCUACAAUCCCAACACUGCGAUGUUACUCGGCGAUGCUAAAAAGACUUGUGACUCUCUACUUGAACGAGUUAAACAUUUAGCAGCCUAAACCAUUUUGAUGGUGAACAGAUAUUGAUUGUAGAUAAACUUUUACUAUUACUGAAAUUCUGCUAUUCUUCGCUGUGACUCACCAUAAUUAUGUAUACAUCGAUAUGCUGAAACGACUGGGCGCUUCCUAUCUAUGUUAAUAGUUAAUGGUAAUGAGGAAGAAGUGCAUAGAUCAUAAUAUAUACAUAUUUACUACGUAACGAAUAAAGCUAGGAAUGGCAGUUCUCAUUAAAUUUAAAAGGGCACUAAAUACGACAAAGCCACUUGCCGAACUACAUCAAAACCAUAAAACAUACUAAAAAAGUUAAAGCAAUGGGCGGUUCUUACGCCUAAUAUUGGUUGUAAUUAUUCUCAUUAGCCCAGUAACGUACACUGCUGUACCUAUAGGCCUCUCCCAAAAUUUUAGUCACAUAAUAAUAUACUAUAUUAUUAUCUACAAAAUGACAGAAAAUAUGAUAUGUUAUAUCAUAAAUAACUGUAUUAGGGAAUAUUAAAUGAAUAUUAAAUUGAUUAGAGAAGAAAAGGGUUAUGGAGAUUAUUAAUGACAUUAUCUUAUAUUAAAAGAAUAUUAUUGAGACUUUGGUUAUAACUACAAAAAUAUAUUCUGAAAUUUAUAGACUGAUAUAAAUAAUUCAUGCCAAAUUAUUGUAGAUGUAUGAAUGUUUUCUUUUUAAAUUGGAGAUUUUACUUCAUUUUUUAUUGACGAUCUAAGUGAUGAAUACUAUAAAGUAAAUUACUAUAUUUUUAAUGUGCAAUCACUACAUAUUUUAAGUAAUUUUCCAAAAGGAAAUUUACGAUGUGUUUUACGAAAGUUAAAGUGAACAAGAAAUUGUGUUCUAUAGUUUAAUGUUUUACAGCAGACUUCAGAGUUUUUUUUAUUGGAAAUUAUUUAGAUCCUUACAAUCUUUAGUAAUAUAUGAAUAAUUUCAAAGUGCCUUAUUGUUUGUUUAACUAGUCCAUUUUACCAUAAAAAUAGUCAAUCAAUAAGCUUAUAUUAUGAGCAAGAUCAUCAUUUAUUAUGCAAUAAUUUUUUAAAAAGGUUUAAUAAUAUUUAUAUACAGAUUACUUUAUGCAUGUUUACUUGCUGAUUCUACUCGAGGAAUGAUCUCUAUGGAGUUACACGCGACUUCAGAACAUUUUUUUUACUAGACUUCACAUUCCAUAAAAAAUAUGUUUUUUAAAUGAAAUAGCUAUGAAUUGUUGCCGCAUUUGGUCUUGAAAUUUUGUAAUUUAGUAUUUUAUAAAAGAAAAUAGAACAUGACGCUAGAAAGUAGUUUGAGAACUUAAAACUUAGAAAUGAAUUUUCUAUAAAAUAUAAUAUGUAAAUGUUCUAUGAAGGUGUAAUAAAAAUAGUGAUUAAUUAUAA